GCCGGGUCCUCCUAAAACCAACUACAGUUGUUUCUCUCUCCCUCUUCCUUUCUGAGUGACAGUGAGCUUUUCGUUUCGCCUGGAGCGACGUCACACGGAGGUGGAAGACGACUCGUGCAUUUUUCUUCCCUUUAUCAUCCAAAGAAAACACUGGGACAGACCGUGGCAGACAGACGUCUGUACCUGCAGCCGGUGCGCACCGAAAACCACUUCAUCAGUGUGUCAGUUCAGAGCGUGUAGAGAGCGAGCAACAUCCAGGAGCGCCCUACACCAGCAUGUCUAUCUAGUAUUGUAUGAAAAACAGCAGUGGUCUUCUUCUUCUUCGCCUUUACUAUCAUUUCAUUGUUUAUAGAAAAGGAGAGACUCCGACUGUCGUCACAACCAGAGCUGUUCCGUGCGCUGUUUCUCACUCAGAGAGGACUUUACUACUUUGAGUCACUUCUCUCUCUUCCUCAAAAGCAUGUAAUGUGGAGCGACAGACAGACCAGAGCGACAAUGAAGAGGUUAACCACACCUUUGAACGCGGACAUCUCGUUAGUAGCCUCUUGACCAACUUUGUUGCGCAUUAAGAUGCUCCCAGCAGAAGAGGAGUUGGAUGAUGAGCCCUUUGCUCUUGUUGACGCAUCGUUUCCUAUAAGAUUUUGCUGAGUCGUAGCGUCACAAAACGAGGACCUCAUAUGUAUUUUCAAGAAAUAAUCCAACUAGUUUGGCUGAGUUCGUCAGUACUUUAAAAUUUACAGAGGAAACUCCUUGAGGACUUUCAGCGGCUCAACAUGACGGUUCGUCUGUCACGGAUCCAGCUGGCCCUGUUCUUUAUCUUGCUCUGUCCGGUCAAUAUCAUCGGACUCUGGUGGGCGGUGGGCAGUCCGCUGGUCAUGGAUCCCAACAGCAUAUGCAGGAAGGCAAAGCGUCUUGCAGGAAAGCAAGCUGAGCUGUGCCAGACUCAGCCGGAGAUUAUCAGUGAGGUGGCCAAAGGUGCCAGGCUGGGCGUCAGGGAGUGCCAGUACCAGUUUAGAUACCGCCGGUGGAACUGCACCAGCCACAGCAAGUACUUUGGCAAAAUACUGCAGCAAGAUAUUCGGGAGACAGCGUUUGUUUAUGCCAUCACAGCAGCCGGGGUGACCCACGCUGUGACCCAGGCCUGCAGUAUGGGAGACCUCCUGCAGUGUGGCUGUGAGGCCACCAGGAACAGAGCACCUCCAAGGCCGCCUUCAUCCUCCUCCUCUGGGGAUGGAGUCAAGUGGGAGUGGGGGGGCUGCGGAGAUGAUGUGGAGUUUGGUUAUGAAAAGUCAAAACAGUUUAUGGAUGCCAAGAGGAGAAGAGGCAAGAGCGAUAUCAGGACACUCAUUGACCUGCACAACAAUGAGGCUGGGCGGCUGGCUGUGAAACUCUACAUGCGGACAGAGUGCAAAUGCCACGGACUGUCGGGCUCGUGCACCUUGCGCACAUGCUGGAAGAAGAUGCCUCAUUUUCGUGAGGUGGGCGACCGCCUGCUGGAGCGUUUCAAUGGUGCUUCUAAGGUGAUGGGCAGCAAUGAUGGCAAGACCCUGAUCCCUGUUGGCCAGAACAUAAAGCCGCCAGAUAAGCAGGAUCUGAUCUACUCAGACGAGUCGCCUGAUUUCUGCCUCGCAAAUCGGAAAACAGGUUCACUAGGCACACGGGGCCGCAUGUGCAACAGCACGGCCAUGGACAUCAGCGGCUGUGAUCUGCUGUGCUGUGAGCGUGGCUACCGGGAGGAAACAGUGGUGUUUGAGGAGAACUGUUUGUGUCGUUUCCACUGGUGUUGUGUGGUCCAGUGCAAGAAGUGCAUGGUCCGAAAAGAGCUUAGUCUCUGUCACUGAUGAACUGAGGCUGAGAGCAGUCAGUAUGACACGGACAUUAUAACAUUGGACAUGGUUAUAAUGACUUCUAUUAUUUGUUGAGGAAUUUGACUUAGAUUGGCCUGUUUGAAAGAUGGAAAGUGUUUGGACCUUCAUGGUGAUUCCUAUUUUUGCAUCAUUUGCAGUCAGAUAAUGCCCCCAAAAUUGAAUUUCACAUUGUGUUUGACUUCCAGAAGGUUCGAAAGGUAUAGAAAGUAAAUACAGCCACACAGAACUAAAAGGAAAGUUGGACUUUCUUUUCUGAGCUACCUAUUUUUGUUUUGUUUUUUUUGUUUAUUUAAAAUAGACCAAACUGUGAAAAUGUGUUUUCCAUCUAAUUGAAAAAAGGACGACCUAGACAUGACCAACUAACACAGUUUGUUAGUGUCUGUUCCUUCCACUGCCAGAUCAAUAGAGCCUAGUGUAGAUCUGAAAACAUAGUUUUAUGCAUCAGCAUGUAUUGAUACACCUUGAUUUAAAUAUGCAAUUUCCUAAAUUGUAUAAACUUCCCACACUGAAGACUAUUCACAAACUCUCCAGUAUUAAAGGUUCUGCUUUCUAUCUGCAGUACACUCCAGUAUUGCAGAAAGAUUAUGAAUCAUAAAAUUUUGAUUUGAUUUGUUACUUUAAUCCUGUUUUGACAGCUGUGUUCAUAAAAUAACAAAAGUAAGAAUUUCCUAAGAGCAGUAAUUUACAUUUAAUGCUUGAUCACCAAGAAUCAGAGCACCUUUACGUCAUACCCUGUAGACCGUCAAUACUACAUAAACAGUCGCUCGGUUAAAGUAAGCGUAGCAGACCUGUAGCCGAAGCUUGUCCUGACUUUCAGGUGCACCAAAUACAUACAGAUGCUGGGUUUGACUUUUUUUUCUGUUACUGUGUCAAAAUGUCCAAAAAAGGUAAAUGAGUUUUUAUCAUAUUUGAAGAAUGCUGUCGUCGCCACGUUUUGCAGAUGUGGACAUGGCCUGCCACUAUGAACUGUUAUUUAUAUAGAGCUAUCAUGACAUGACUACUCGCCUCCAUCUCUCUCAGAAGCACUUUGGAUAGGACUGCUGCCAUGGACUUCUUCAGUAGUAAGGCAGUAAAACCUGUUUGGGUCGGCUGUUUCAUAUAAACCAAAAGAGAACCUUUUAUUUACAUGACAUUGUUGGGUAUCAAGUAAAUGUAUAUGAUGUAUUUUGUUUAUCUGUUAUGAUAUACAGGGCUAAUGUUAUAAUGCACUUUGGAUGUUAGCUUUCAUUUGAUACUCUAUGUGCAUAUGUGUGUGUCCGUGUGCGAGAGAGACAGCAUGUGUGUGAUUGUGCAGGUCGGUCACUUAUCACCAUAUCCUUCAGUGGAUUUUUGCAGUAUAUAUCUUUAGAUUGCAGACUGAUUUUAAACUGCAUUAUUUUGAUUAAUAAAAACACACAAUUCUUUGACUCUCUGUCUCUGUGUGAGGCAGACAAGAUCUUUUUUUAGUUGUUCAAUUUCAGAGGAAGUAUAUUUCCCAUAAACCUAUCACGUCAUCUCAUUUACACUUAAGUUGUGUACAGUAAGUUUACUAAAUUAUAAGACUACAUUACUUCGGCUUGUUCCGUUAAGGCUGUUUAUGUCUGAGUGUGUGUUCAGAUAGAAUCUCAUUGUGAUCUUCCAAAUCUGGCUGAUGUUCCAUGUUAGCUUUUUGUCAGGGCCAAAAUUAAAUGACCACCUUUAUCAGUGGCCAUCAUUCUGCUACUAUUCCAUUUUAUUAUUCAGCUGCCAGUGUU